AUGAGUUAUCAGAUACCAUCGUCCCAGAGUCGCACGAUGUCUCACAGCAACUAUGCCGGGUCUGAUGUGCCGAUGGCUCCGAGCAAGGAGCAGCAGACCCUCAUGUGGCAGCAGAACUCCUACCUGGUUGACUCUGGUAUCAACUCAGGGGCUGCUACUCAGGUCCCAUCACUCACGGGCAAGGAAGAUGAUGAGAUGGAAGGAGACCAGCUCAUGUUCGACCUGGAUCAGGGGUUCGCUCAGGGGUUUACUCAGGAGCAGGUGGAUGACAUGAACCAGCAGCUGUCUCAGACGCGCUCCCAGCGUGUCCGGGCUGCCAUGUUCCCUGAGACUCUGGAGGAGGGCAUCGAGAUCCCCUCCACUCAGCUGGACCCCGCCCAGCCAACGGCGGUGCAGCGCCUUGCUGAGCCGUCGCAGAUGCUCAAGCAUGCGGUGGUCAACCUCAUCAAUUAUCAAGACGAUGCUGACUUAGCUACCAGGGCUAUACCAGAGUUGAUCAAGCUACUCAACGAUGAGGAUCAAGUGGUUGUAUCACAAGCUGCCAUGAUGGUGCACCAGCUGUCCAAGAAGGAAGCUUCUCGCCAUGCUAUUAUGAACUCGCCGCAAAUGGUUGCCGCUUUAGUGCGUGCCAUCUCUAACAGCAAUGACCUGGAGACUACUAAGGGAGCAGUGGGAACCCUGCAUAACUUGUCUCACCACCGUCAAGGUUUACUCGCCAUCUUCAAGAGUGGUGGCAUUCCCGCCUUGGUGAAGCUUCUGAGCUCACCAGUCGAGUCUGUUCUGUUUUACGCCAUCACCACCCUCCAUAACCUACUCCUCCACCAGGACGGUUCUAAGAUGGCCGUCCGCCUAGCUGGAGGUCUCCAGAAAAUGGUUGCACUCCUGCAAAGGAACAAUGUAAAGUUCUUGGCGAUUGUGACUGAUUGUCUGCAAAUCUUGGCUUAUGGAAACCAAGAGUCGAAAUUGAUCAUUCUCGCUUCUCAGGGACCUAUCGAAUUGGUCCGUAUUAUGCGCUCGUACGACUACGAAAAGUUGUUGUGGACUACAUCUCGUGUCCUGAAGGUACUUUCAGUGUGCUCUAGCAACAAGCCUGCUAUCGUCGAGGCUGGUGGUAUGCAAGCCCUGGCCAUGCACCUCGGCAACCCUAGUGGUCGCCUGGUGCAGAACUGCCUCUGGACUUUGAGGAAUCUCUCCGAUGCAGCAACUAAGGAGGUGGAGGGCCUGGAAGCUUUGCUGCAAAGUCUGGUGCAAGUUCUCGCGUCCACUGACGUGAACAUCGUCACCUGUGCUGCCGGUAUCCUGUCCAACUUGACCUGCAACAACCAACGCAACAAGGUGACUGUCUGCCAAGCCGGCGGCGUGGAUGCCCUGGUCCGCACCGUGGUGUCGGCGGGCGACCGCGAGGAGAUCACUGAACCAGCUGUGUGCGCGCUCCGUCACCUUACUUCGCGUCAUGUUGAGAGCGAGAUGGCUCAGAACGCUGUGCGCUUGCACUAUGGUUUGCCGGUGAUCGUGAAGCUGCUGCAGCCGCCGUCCCGCUGGCCGCUGGUGAAGGCGGUGGUGGGGCUGGUGCGCAACCUGGCGCUGUGCCCCGCCAACUACGCGCCGCUGCGGGAGCACGGCGCCGUGCACCACCUCGUGCGGCUACUCAUGCGCGCCUUCAAUGAUACUCAGAGGCAGCGCAGUUCCUCUGGCGGCGGUACAGCGGGCGGCGCGUAUGCGGACGGAGUGCGUAUGGAAGAGAUCGUGGAAGGAGCCGUCGGAGCUCUGCACAUACUGGCGCGGGAGAGCGUCAACCGUCAACUCAUACGUCAACAGAACGUUAUCCCGAUAUUCGUGCAGCUACUCUUCAAUGAAAUUGAAAACAUACAGCGCGUGGCAGCAGGCGUGCUCUGUGAGCUGGCCGUCGAGAAGGAAGGAGCCGAAAUGAUAGAAGCUGAAGGGGCAACUGCUCCACUUACCGAACUACUUCACUCACGGAACGAAGGCGUGGCUACUUAUGCAGCUGCGGUAUUAUUCCGCAUGUCCGAAGAUAAGCCUCAUGACUAUAAGAAGAGACUCUCGAUGGAGCUGACCAAUUCUUUGUUCCGCGAUGACCAUCAGAUGUGGCCCAAUGACCUGGCCAUGCAACCUGAUCUCCAGGAUAUGCUUGGGCCAGAACAAGGCUAUGAGGGGCUGUAUGGCACUCGACCGUCGUUUCACCAGCAAGGCUACGAUCAAAUACCGAUAGACUCAAUGCAGGGAUUAGAAAUCGGCAGUGGAUUCGGCAUGGACAUGGAUAUAGGUGAGAGCGAAGGUGCGGGCGCCGCGUCAGCUGAUCUCGCGUUCCCAGAACCACCGCACGACAACAACAAUGUCGCCGCCUGGUACGACACAGACCUUUAG